AUGACAGAUUCUCCGGCGUGUUUCGAUUACACAACCGAAAUACAUUUCAUUCUCGUAGUUCUUUUCCAACAUAUAUUUACAAUUAUUGGCGGUUCUUGUGGGAGCAGUUAUUCUGCAGCAUUUACCAAACGACCCGACGAAGCACCAUGGACGUUUCACUCGAAAAUCUCUCCUCAUCCCAGAAAGAUGAACUGAUGAGCACAAUCAAACAGAAGAUUGCGAUAGCCAAUGCUCAGGAGCUAGUGACUAAAAUGACUGAAAAAUGUUUCAGAAAGUGCGUCGGCAAACCGGGCCAAGACUUGGACGGUUCGGAACAGAAAUGCAUCGCAAUGUGCAUGGAUAGAUUUAUGGAUUCGUGGAACGUGGUUUCGCGAGCGUUAACGCAACGUUUACACCAGGAACAGUUCAAAGGAUAAUAGAACUAUGCGAAACUAGUGGUACCGAUGUAAUUAUAG